AUGACCGAAUCUCGUCUCUUGAAGCCUAUCAAAAUCGGGACCAUGCAGCUCACGCAGCGCAUUGGAAUGGCUCCCCUUACUCGCUUCCGUGCCAGCAACGAUCGCGUGCCCGGACCGAUCAUGGCAGAGUACUAUGCCCAGCGAUCCGCCGUGCCGGGCACCCUCAUCAUCGGCGAGGGGACGCUCAUCGCUCCUUCAGCCUGCGGCGGCUUUGACAAUGCUCCCGGCAUCUGGAGUCCGGCACAAGUCGCCGGCUGGAAGGCCGUCACGGACCGCGUACACGCCAACGGCUGUUUCAUCUACUGCCAGCUCUUUGCCAUGGGCCGGGUGGCCACCGUCGACGGUGCCGCAAAAGAUGGCACUGCAAUUGUCGGCCCAAGCGCCAUCGCCAUGGAUGACGAUGCGCCCGUCCCGCGCGCCAUGACGCUGGACGAGAUCCGGCAGAUGGUUGCGGACUUCGUGUCGGCGGCUGAGAAUGCCAUCGCGGCUGGCUUUGACGGCGUGGAGUGCCACGGCGCCAAUGGCUAUCUGGUCGAUCAAUUCACCCAGGACGUGAGCAACCAGCGAGACGACGCUUACGGGGGAAGCGUUGAGAACAGGUCGCGCUGUGUCGUGGAAAUCGUCGAAGCAGUCGCCAAGGCCAUCAACCCUGAGCGAGUCGGGUUGCGUCUCAGCCCGUGGAGCACGUUUCAGGGCAUGAAGAUGGAGAACCCGAUCCCUCAAUUCACGGACGUCAUACAAAAGGCAAACAAGUUGAACUUGGCAUACCUGCAUCUGGUCGAGUCGAGAAUAGCCGGCAGUUCGGACUCCGCGGGCACAGAGUCGUUGGACUUUGCGUAUCCGCUGUGGGAUGGGCCGCUGCUUGUUGCCGGAGGAUACGAUGUGCAAGGUGCAAUGAAACUCGUGGAUGAUAAACGCGCAAAGGAAAUCGCGGUCAUGUUUGGGAGACACUUCAUCUCCAAUCCAGACCUUGUGUACCGGAUGCAGAAGGGUCUUGAGCUCGCAGAAUACAAGCGCGACUCGUUUUACACGCACGAUGCCAUGGGAUACACUGACUAUCCCUUCAGCCCAGAAUACUCGUCUAUUCCCGCAUAG